AUGCCCCUGCACCGACUACGGGACCAGAUCUCCCUAGACACCGCUACCCGCCUACAAGCACAUGAGAACUUCAUCGCUGCCACCGCCGCCACCGCCUCUGCUUCCACCUCUCGCUCUUCCUCUUCCCGCCCGACCGCAUCCAUCUUCAACCGCACCUCCGUCUCCACUGCCCCAACGCCCACACAACCACAAGAAGAAACCCUCUGGGUUGACCGCUACCGCCCCACGCGCUUCACCGAGCUCAUUGGGAACGAGCGCAGUGCGCGAGACGUCAUGGCAUGGGUCAAGCAGUGGGACUGGUGCGUCUUCGGGCACCGCAAGGGCAAGAAACGGCCGCGGGAGGAGAACCAGGAGGGGAUGGACGAGUAUCAUCGACCGCAGGAGAAGCUGCUCCUUAUGUCGGGCCCGCCGGGGCUGGGGAAGACGACGCUGGCGCAUGUGGUGGCGCGGCAUGCGGGGUAUGAGGUUAUGGAGAUUAAUGCGAGUGACGCUCGCUCUGGCACCGAAGUCGAGGACCGUAUACGACCCGCGCUCGAAUCUGGUUCGGCGGUGGGCAGCAAGAAGCCCGUGCUCCUGGUUAUAGAUGAGAUCGACGGCGCGACAAGCGCAGACAAUUCCAGCUCCUUCAUCCACAAACUCGUCCAACUGACAAAGGACGAGCCUUCCAAGAAACGCCGCCCCGGCCAGAAGCGCGACCCCAAGACCGCCCGCCCCAUCCUCCGCCCCAUCAUCUGCAUCUGCAACGACCCCAACGCGUCCGCGCUCGCCAAGCUCCGCCCGCAAGCGCUCCAUGUCCGCCUCCAGCGCCCCGCGGACGCGCAUAUCGUGAAGCGGCUGCGCCAGAUCUGCGAGCUCGAGGCCCUGCGCGCGGACUCGCAGGCGCUGAGUGCGCUGGUGGCGGUGGCGAGGGGGGAUAUGCGGGGGUGUUUGAAUACGCUCCAGUUCAUCAAGGCGAGGAGCGCGGAGGUGAAUUUGGCGAUGGUAAGGUCGGCGACGGUGGGGAUGAAGCAGGCGGAGACGAGCGUGCAGUCUGUGCUCAAUAGCCUUUUUGCGCCGAUGUCGAAGAGGCGGGUGAAGGAGCUCGGGCUGACGGAGGCGGAGGAGGCCAAAUAUGUCGCACGCCUCAGUCACGAAGUUGACGCCAGUGGGAGGGAGAGUGGGGUUGCUGUCGGAUGCUUCGCGCACUACGCAUCGCUUCGGCAACAUGACGCCACACUGGACCGAUUCGAGAAGGCCAACGACUGGCUAGCCGCCUUCGACGCGUUCUCUGCGGCGAUGUGGGGCGACGGCGAAUUUGCGCUGGCGCCGUACCUGCCCUACACCCUAGUCGCCUUCUACCCUCUUUUCCAGGAGCGCGGCGCGCCAAAGGUAGAGCGCAGUAGUGAUGAUUGGGAGGCUCUGCAAAUGACGCGCGCGAAUGAGGAGAUUUACAAGACCUUCUCGCAGUGCUUGCGUGUGGCGGGGAGUAGACAUGGUGGCGCGUUCCGACACCUGGCUAUCCAGCCGGCGCUGCAGCUCGAGGCAGCACCCUUCAUCAAUCGUAUAAUCUCACCCCACUUGCGCCCGGUCAACAAGCAAAUUAUCAAACCCGCUGAACGUGCUGUCAUGGCGCGACUGGUCAGCCUGAUGGCCGCGAUGGAGUUCCGCUUUUUGCCUGAACGAGGGGAGGAUGGGCAGCUGUCCUAUCGUCUUGAGCCACCCAUUGACGUCUUCAUCACCUACGACGGCAAGCGUGCGGCGGAUAUACCAGCUUCGCGUUACGCGGUGCGGCAAAUGGUGGCUGCCGAGAUCGAACUUGCUAUCACGCGCCAGGCGGAGGUUGUGCAAAAGGAUGCUACGGGAAAGGCUAGCGUGUUCAAUCCCAGCGUAAAGUCUUCCGCCCAGACGAACGGCGCCGCGCCCGAACAUCCCAACAAGCGCGCGAAGAAAGACGUGGUCGCGCCAGUGGAGAAGGAGAAGGUUGCUGUGGACUUUUUCGGGCGCCCGAUAACGAAGGUGACGGCGACGCAGAGCAAGGCUGCGGUGCGCCGCAAUGUGGAGAAGAACUACCGGGUGAGCUUCAAGUAUGCGGAGGGGAACUCUGCUGCUGUGCGGCGUCCGACGAAGGUGUCGGCGUUCUUGCCAUAG